AUGGCCGACCAACCGAAACCGUACAAGAUUUCCAUCCCUGAUGAGAGUCUCCAAGACCUUCAGCAACGCCUAGCACUUUCCAAAUUCGCAACCCAGCUGGAGUCACCCGAACAAGAUCCUUGGGAUUUUGGAACUCCAGUGAAAGAAGUGCAGCGACUCAUAGAGUAUUGGAAGGAUGGCUUUGACUGGCGGAAAGCAGAGGCAAAGUUGAAUGAGCUGCCCCAAUAUCAAACACAGAUCGAGGUUGAUGGAUUUGGUAGUUUGGAUAUCCACUAUGUCCACCAAAUCAACACCAACAAGAACGCCAUUCCACUGCUUUUCAGCCAUGGAUGGCCGGGAUCAUUCAUCGAAGUCUCAAAACUGCUACCGAUGCUGAAAGGCGAUGACUCCAUUCCCGCAUUCCACGUCGUGGCUCCAUCGCUACCCAAUUUCGGCUUCUCUUCAGGAGUCAUUCAUCGCGGGUUUUGCCUUGAACAGUAUGCUGAAGUCUUGCACAAGCUCAUGAUCAAGCUCGGCUAUGAUCAAUAUGUGACUCAGGGUGGAGAUUGGGGAUUUUGGAUUACUAGAACCCUCGGUCUAUUAUACCCCAAGCACUGUAAAGCCUCUCAUAUCAACAUGGUGCUGGCCAAGCCCCCUCGAUUCACCGAUAACCCAUGGUUAGCCCUGCGACACGCAUUGCUGCCGUAUAAUGACCGGGAAAAGUCAGGCCGCGAAAGGAGUCAAUGGUUCGAACGUGAAGGUUACGGUUACAACCAGAUCCAAAGCACCAGGCCGCAGACCAUUGGUGCGGCACUAGAAGAUAGCCCUGUUGCCUUGUUGGCUUGGAUUUACGAGAAGUUGCACGACUGGACAGACUCAUAUCCCUGGACCGAUGACGAAAUUCUAACAUGGGUAUCUGUCUACUGGUUUUCUGCGGCUGGCCCCGCGGCUAGUGUCCGCAUAUACUAUGAGGCCUUUCACGCGGCGACGGUCAAGAGGAAGUCUUACAAGGAAUUGAUUGCGUAUAUCCCGCAUGUGAAGCUGGGAAUUGCGCACCUCCCUCGUGAAAUCUCCGUUAUUCCUGGCUCUUGGGCUGCUGGUCUGGGCCCGGUGGUUCAACAGAACGAGCAUGCCCGUGGAGGUCACUUCGCCGCUUGGGAGGUUCCCGAAUUUAUCAUCCAGGACUUGCAAGCCAUGUUUAGCAAGAAUAGUUCUUGCUAUGGGGUUGUUUCAGGCAAAGAUGGAUACUAA